AUUCACACGUAAGAUUCGCAUCGCAAGGAAUGACGUGUAUGAAGAAGACUUCGUGUUUUUGUAUGAUAUUUCUCGCUGUGUUUUUACAAGUAGUAUCGUCUUAUUGGUGCGAAGAUUUUUCUACUAUUUGUUUUUUUUCGUCAAAGCAUUGCUGUAGAAAAAACGACGUUUGUCAGCGCGAUUGCAUUGGUGAGCCUUGUGACAGAUCUAGCGACUGCGCACCAGGCGAAUAUUGCUGUGAUGGCCAAUGUGCCUUAAAUUGUUCCUCUUGUUUGUCUCAUCACGAUUGCGGAUCAGGUGAAUAUUGUUGUGAUUGUUAUCCAAAUCGGGGUGGCAAAUGUGCUAAAUCUUGUGUUGGAAAAUGGUGCGGAUUGUCUCGUAAGAACUGUGCGCCAGGUGAAUAUUGUUGUGAUGGAAAAUGUGCCUUGAAUUGUUCUUCCCCCUCUUGUUCCUCUGAUCGCGACUGCCCAUCAGGUAAUUCCUGUUGUGGUUAUCGACAUUUGGAAAUGGGCAAAUGUGCUAGAUCUUGUAUCGGAAAAUGGUGUGAAGAGAAUAACAACUGCGCAAAAGGUGAAUAUUGUUGUGGUUCUAAUAAAACAUGUGCCGCAAAUUGUAUUGGAGAAUUUUGUUCCCAUAAUAACCACUGCGCUCGAGAUGAAUAUUGUUGUGGUCAUUCUCUAGGUUUUAAUGCAGGCAGAUGUGCUAGAUCUUGUAUUGGAAAAUCGUGUAAAAAGAAUAAUCAGUGUGGGUGGCCUGAACAUUGUUGUGGUUCUACAAAUAAAACAUGUGCCUUAAAUUGUAUUGGAGAGUUUUGUUCCCGUAAUGAAAACUGCGGAUCAGGUGAAUAUUGUUGUGAUCGUGGUGGAAGUCGUAUUGGUAAAUGUGCUAGAUCUUGUGUUGGAAAAUCAUGUAAAAAGAAUGAUCAGUGUGGAACAGGUGAAUAUUGUUGUUCUGAUGGAACAUGUGCCUCAAAUUGUAUUGGAGAAUUUUGUAAGUAUGAUGACGACUGCGCAAAGGAUGAAUCCUGUUGUGGUCGUUACCAAAGUCGUUAUAAUGGCACGUGUGCUAGAUCUUGUAUUGGUUACUCGUGCAGCUAUUAUUAUCCUUAUCCUGAUCCCUGCGGAUCAGGUAAAUAUUGCUGUAACAAUAAAUGUGCCUUUACUUGUAUUGGAGAAUCUUGUUCCUCUCCUGGCGACUGCGCAUCAGGUCAAUCCUGUUGUGAUGGUAAAUGUUGUAUUAGACAACGGUGUAAUUCAGAUAACGAUUGUAAUUCUACUGGGCAUUGUUGUGGUAUUGAAUAUCCAUAUAAUGUAUGUAAAGAUUGCGUUAAUACUGGUUGGAUUAUUGCAUUGGGCAUAGCUGGCCCUUUUGGUCUUUUCCUCGUUAUACUUGCAAUUUGCAUAUUUCGGGCUGCUCGUAAGGACAGGUUGGAAGCAGCCUCGAGACGUGCCUCUCGUGAACGAGAAACACAACUUGCCACCACAAGAAGUACAAUCUGUGAAAGUCGAGAAAUACGACUUUCAACUAUAAUAAAUAGAGUCGUUGAAAGUGAAGAAGAAGAAAACGACGAAGAAGAAGAAGAGCAACAACAUACACCACAAGAACAGCCAUUGCAUUUCCAAAAUCUGGAACCAUUCCCCAAUCAACCCCCGCCAUACACUAAUCAACCCCCUCCUCCAUACCCCAAUCAAUCACCAUCAUCACCCGAUCAACCCCCACCAGCAUACACUUGGCUCCCCUUAACCCCAUGUCAACCUCAAGGCAGAAUAUCCCCACCCCCAUACCACAGCCAAGAUACCUCAUCAGAAUUAAGUGAUGCUUCAAUUGAAAUGCCACCACACGUUAUAUUCAGAGACAGGGGCAAUGUUGACACAUAUAUCUAGGAGUUUUACUCUUCUAGUUUAUUUUGACGAUUAUCAUGCAUUGUUAUAUGGCAAGCAUUACUUUCGGUAAUCUGGCGGACUGUGAUUGGCUGAGAAGCACUUUCAGCAGUCCAUUAUUUUCACGUCCAUUACGUAAAAACAAACACAUGCAUUUUAAAACAAAACAGCAAAACUAAUUGAAAAUUUGAAAAUUAU